AUGGAGGAUAGCGAAGUGGCGGACAGCUCCUUCUAUCAGCUGUUAACUCCUGCAGCCGAUGCGAUGGAAUUCAACGCGUCGCUGCAGGCUUCGUGCAAACGGGAUGCAUCUCCCGCAGUCCACUCUCCAGCCCAGCGCGUCUCCAGGACGUCUGCGGUCAAAUCCCGGCGGUCCACAUCAUCAACGUCGGGUUUGGGCAAGAAACGUGAAAGAGUUUGUCGACCAAUAAAUAACGGGAAUAAGCCGUCAAGCAAUGCAUGCAUGCACUGCCUGCGCGAUGUGCUGGAUGAACCGUGUCCGUUGCAUUCGCAUUCUGUACCCGACACCGAGGUGCUACCCUUGGCGCUGGCCACGCUUCCCGCGUCGCUUUCCUUCAUUCGCGCACAGGCUGAUGCUGCACCUUGUGGUAUCCGCGCAGAGAGUAACUUUCCCUCCCGCACGGUCUUCGGACCGAUGCAUGGCGUGCUGCCCCACGCCAAGCUGCAGCCGCCCCUCUUCGGCAUCCCGGACCGUCCCACGCUGCACGGUAUCCUGCGUUUCCACGCGGAAUCCCCUCAUGGCUGCAACUGGAUGCACUUCGUCCGACUGGCCAUCCACACCGCCGAAUGCAAUAUCACUGCCUACAACGUCGACGGGCAGGUGUACUUCGCCACAAAGAGGGACAUUGUGGCGGGGGAAGAGCUGACCGUCUGGUAUUCGGUCAAUUACGCCAAAGCAAUGAGAAUCUCGGGUUGCUUACGGGAGAGCGGUAAUAAUACCGUUCGCUGUCGUAAGAACAAGGGCGACAAAAUUCUGUCGAGAUCGUACCGCGAUGAUCUCGUAGUUGCGCAUGGUUUGCCCGACUCGUGUCAGCUCUACGAAAAUAUCGCGUCCGUCGCACUCGAUCUGCUCCAAUCGGCCAGCAGGGAUCUAUCGCUUCACGAACGGAUAGGAAACGAAAACGAUGGUACAGCCACUAGCACGGACGUGACAGAACACGACGAAACAGUCGCGGCGAGUGUAUGGGACAAAGAUGAAGCGGAACUGUCGCCUACAGCGUCUCUUGACGGGGAGAUGGUCCAGCUGGAAAAAACGGCGGAGACCCGGGGAUGCGAUAUGCCGACGGAGCUCGACGACGGCGAUGACUGUGCAGCGGAUAGUGACGCGGUUCCCGAUGAAAUACCACAGAGAAAGCGCAAACGUAUCGGCCGCUUCCGCCACGACAACCCCGAAGCGGUGGCCCGUCUGGAAGCCGUCAUCCAGGUGAAUCCAUAUCAAUUCACGCCGGGGAAAAAACGCAGCGACGCUUGGGACACCGUCCUGCGCCUCCUCGGCGAGGAAUGCACGGGAACCGCCCGUAGCAAUCUGAAAGCUUUCGUUGAUCGCUGCUUGAACAUGACAGCGGAAGCCGCGCACCAAUUCAGCGACGCCGCCGGACCGGUGUUCCAGCGCUACAUGGCACUGCUGAACACCCUCACCAGUUUGCGGCGAAACAGAGUGACCGACUCACGGGCUCAGUGCCGUCGACAGGACGCAAGCGGGCAGUUGAAUGCCGUCGUGGAAAUCAAUCCGUAUCAGUACGAUACCGUCGACUCCAGGGAGAAGGCCUUCGUUUCCGCCGUGCAGCGGUAUUCCAAGACGACGCUGUCAGUGACAAAAUUGAAAUACGAAGGACGGGCGUUGGAAAAGCGCGUUAAAAGACGUCUCGAGCAGCUACCACAGCUUCUGGAACAGUACGAUCCGGCUAACGCCCCUGCGUCGUUGAAGGAAUAUGUGGAAGUGUUGCAAAAAAUCGCCGGUUUAAUGGACAACGGGGAUAGGUCGGUGCGGCGUUCGGCUCCGGUGUCCUGUUUCGUAAAACGGAGGAGACCGGUGUCGGAGGGGGUGCACGCGUGCACGGCGUGUAUGUUUUCCUUCGAGUCGGCGGCGUUGUUGGCGUUGCACACGCGGGGCCAUGACGCCGCCGCCGUGGAGGAGGGCGGGGACACCACGUGUCCGGGGUGUCAGGAGGAGUGCGGAUCGAUGACGGCGGUGAUUGCCCAUGUGGAGAAUCACCGCAAGGCUUACCGCCCGCGACAGCCGUGCUCGGAUUGUGGGCUGUAUGUGGAUGUGAAGUUCUUGGAGCAGCAUGUGAGGAUCAAGCAUCCCGAGAAGUCCGCGGAUCCGGCUGGGAAAUUCACCUGCGGAGUGUGUCAGAAAGAGUUUGGCGCGGAGAAACAGUUGGCUGCCCACAAACUGCAACACCGGUCCAAGAGCUGCCUGUACUGCGCCCAGUUGUGCCCUUCCUGGGUGGAACUGGGUCAGCACGCGAUGCAGCACAAACAGGCGGAGGGUUUUCCGUGCCCGCACUGCCCGAAAAUCUUCGCCACGUACCUCAUCCUGAGCCGGCAUUGCCGCGGCCAGCACGACGCCAAAGCGGUGUGUGUGUGCAGUAUCUGUGGCGUCGUGAAGCGGAACCAUGGCGCCUUGCGGCAGCACACGCUCCAGCACCAUUCCGGUACGGUUCCGCUUAUAUAUCCGUGUGAGCUGUGCGGGAAGGGCUUCCAGACCAAAUGGAAUCUGGGACGUCAUCGCCACCAGAAACACAGCAGCGGUUUGCGGGAAAAUUCGAGAAGCCGGGCAGCCGUCGACGACCGGAGGCCGUAAAUUUGCGAUGUACUUCGAGGCGUUUGAAUGCAUAGUGAGGGUGGUGGUUUAUCAUUUUCAGCAUUCGAAUAACUUCCGUUCCAGGUUUUUUGGGUUCUUCGUUCACGACGCAUUGUGAUUUGUUUUGUAUUAAGCCGUUACAGGAGGAUUUGUUUUGUUCUAUGAAAAUAAUUGAAUGAA